AUGCCCCAUCAUCGCGCGCUUUUACGCACAGCCGCAGCGCGUGGCUCGGUGCUGCUCUGGGCUGCGGUGACUCUGCUCAUCCCUCUGCGGCCAGCCUCAUCUCAUCCGCAAUGUCUGGACUUCGCGCCUCCUUUUAAACCUCUUUGGCACCUGGAGUUCUGCACACAGUACCAGGAGUUCGGCUGCUGCGACCAAAAGACUGACAACAUGAUCGCGGAGAGAUACUGGGACAUUAUCGAGGUUUUGGAGAUACAGGGACUGGACCUCUGCGCGGACAGUUUGAAAGAAAUUAUGUGCCAGGAGUGCUCGCCUUACGCUGCCCACCUGUUUGAUGCUGAAGACCCCUACACUCCGGUCAGAGAGCUCCCGGGGCUUUGUUUUAGCUACUGCCAGGACUUUCACAGCAAAUGUCGACACAUCAUCAAAUAUCUCACUCAAAACCAACUCCUCCAAGACACCAGCCAACGGGACAUGUCCACAUUCUGCACCAUGAUGGACCUCUCUGAUCAAGACUAUUGCUAUCCAAAUGUCCUCAAUAGCCCAGGACUUAAUAGUAAUUUGGGAGAAGUGGUAGAAGACCCUCGAGGGUGCCUACAACUGUGCCUGACUGAAGUAGCAAAUAAUUUAAGAAAUCCAGUCUUGAUGCUGCACAGUGGAGAUGAAACACAUAGGAUGUUCAUAGCAGAGCAAGUUGGAUUCGUUUGGGUUUUCUUACCUGAUGGUAGCAGGCUGGAGCAGCCCUUUUUGGACAUGAGUGGUGAUGUAAUGACCACUCCAUGGUUAGGGGAUGAGAGGGGAUUUCUGGGCAUGGCAUUCCAUCCAAAAUACAAGCACAAUGGACUAUUCUUUAUAUAUUAUUCAAUUCAGGUGGACAGCAAACUGGAGAAGAUCAGGAUAAGUGAAAUGAAAGUGUCUGACCAUGACAUGAAUGUAGCUGAUCCAUACUCAGAAAGAGUCAUUUUGGAGAUAGAGGAACCAGCGGCAAAUCACAAUGGUGGUCAGUUGCUGUUUGGUUUGGAUGGAUAUCUUUACAUUUUCACUGGAGACGGAGGCAAAGCAGGAGAUCCUUUUGGGAAAUAUGGCAAUGCACAAAACAAGAGUGCUCUGUUGGGUAAGGUGCUACGCAUUGAUAUAGACAAGACAGACCCCAAUGGAAAGCCCUACAGCAUCCCUCCUGACAACCCCUUCAUAGGUGACCCAGAUGCCCAUCCCGAGGUUUAUGCCUACGGGGUGAGAAACAUGUGGAGAUGCUCCGUGGACAGAGGAGACCCAGUGUCCCGUCAUGGUAGGGGCAGAAUCUUUUGUGGAGACGUGGGACAGAACCGGUAUGAGGAAGUGGACAUAAUCGAGAAAGGAGGAAACUACGGAUGGAGGGCUAAGGAGGGAUUUGAGUGCUACGACCUCAAACUGUGCCACAACUCUACCCUGGAUGACAUCCUGCCUAUAUUUGCAUACAGCCACCAUGUUGGGAAAUCUGUGACAGGGGGCUAUGUGUACCGCGGCUGUGAAUCACCCAAUCUGAACGGCCUCUACAUUUUUGGAGACUUUAUGAGCGGACGUAUUAUGGCUUUAGAGGAGGACAAACAGACUGGAGCGUGGAAAGAGCGCAGUGUCUGUAUGGGAGAGACCAAAACCUGCUCCUUCCCUGGACUCAUCAACCACCACCACAAGUUCAUAAUUUCAUUUGCGGAAGACGAAGCUGGAGAGCUGUACUUUCUAGCAACGGCUUACCCCAGUGCCACAUCUCCAUAUGGGACAGUUUUCAAGUUCAUGGACCCUUCCAGACGUGCUCCUCCAGGAAAGUGUAAAGUGAAACCACAGCCAGUUAAAGUCCGGGGUAAAAAACAGCCUUUUAUUCCCAGAGAGCUGACAGUGCUGGACAUCAAUGAGAAACCAACAAGGCCUCCGCUCAAAAAGUUUACCAAGAUACCCACAACCAGACGACCCUCUCCAACUACUGAGUUUUCAGAACAGAACGAGGAUUUCUCCAUGAAUAAAUGA